UAGAAGAGCAAUUUGUGAGUUCAAAGAAAGCCCUAGCCAGCACCUUAAUAUCAAGGUUUGCUUCCUUAAAGUAUAAUGAUAAUGGUGGCAUACGUGAGCACAUUAUGGAAUUACGUAACAUCGCUGCCCAAUUAAAAUCAUUGGAAGUAGACAUGUCAGAGACUUUUCUUGUACACUUUGUUCUUAAUUCUCUGCCUAUGGAGUAUGCACCAUUUAAGAUCUCAUACAACACACAUACAGAAAAAUGGACUAUGAAUCAACUUCUAGCCAUGUGUGUUGAUGAGGAGCAGAGAAUAAAACAAGAGAGGCAAGAGAGUGUUUAUCUCACCUCUCAUAAGGGAAAAGGACAUAAAGAGGUCGGCGGUACCAGUCAUCAUAUUCCUGUUAAGAAGAAGAAAAUGAAAGUGUCAGCCAAAGUGACUGACAAAAGGCAAAUAAAGUGCUUCUUCUGUAGGAAACAGGGACAUUUGAAAAAGGACUGCAUCAAGUACAAGAAAUGGCUCGAAAAGAAAGGGAUUGUUGAACAAAAGAAUUCCAACGGAAAGUGAGCGAAGCAUCAUAAUGGGAAAUAAGAUGCGUUCACAUGUGGAAGCUGUUGGAACGUUCAAAUUGACCUUAAAGACUGGCCAUAUUUUGUACCUAGAAAAUACCUUUUUUGUACCUGGAUUUUCUAGAAACCUAAUAUCUAUUUCAAAACUUGUUUCUUUUGGAUAUACCGUUUUAUUUGGACGGUCAUUUG